CUAGUCAAAAACAAAGAAGAACCAGAAAACUCAGAGCAGAAGUUGCUGGACAUUCCCUCUGCCCUCGGCGUCAAUCCGGCGGUCUGAGCACAGCAGCGCGAACCCAGCGUAGAUGCGGAGAGUGAACAGAGGCUUUCGAUCAGUGAGUAGGGCAGUGGGGGAGCAGGAGAGGGGAGCCAGGAGCCAGUGGUGCUGUCAAGUGGAGCUGUGUCUCAAGGUGAAUGUUGAUGACACCAUUGAAAUGUUACCAAAAUCAAGAAGAGCUCUCACCAUUCAAGAGAUUGCUGCAUUAGCGCGAUCUUCCCUACAUGGUAUUUCACAGGUAGUGAAGGACCAUGUGACAAAGCCUACAGCCAUGGCUCAGGGCAGAGUGGCCCACUUGAUAGAGUGGAAAGGCUGGUGUAAGCCUAUGGACACUCCUGCAGCCCUGGAAUCCGACUUCAACUCUUAUUCUGACCUCACUGAGGGAGAGCAGGAGGCACGCUUCGCUGCAGGUGUGGCAGAGCAGUUUGCCAUAGCCGAGGCUAAGCUGAGGGCCUGGUCCUCUGUGGACGGCGACGAAUCUAACGAUGACUCAUAUGACGAGGACUUUCUGCCAUCCAACGAGCCCACCACACAGAGCACAGAUGUGUUAUCAUAUCCGCCCUACUUGAAGGACCUGAUCCACAGCCAGCUUUGCCAACACCUGGGCCUGCGAGGGCCCUGUUGCGAGGGUGGAGGAGGCGGAGAGGGAGGUGGCAGCGGAGAGCCCUCCCCCACGGUAGGCUCCCCGGACACCUUGUGCUCCAGCCUCUGCAGCCUGGACGAGCACCACCCCCUUCUGCGUGACCUGGGCGGCCACCGCGGCACCCACUCCUACAGCAACGCCGCCGAGCUCGCGGCCAAGAUCCUGUCGGCACUGCAGGGAGGGGAGGAGCUGCUGCUGGCCCGACUUCAGAGGGCAGGGCAGAGGCGGGGCAUCAGGCCCUGCGGGGGUCAGGACUCUCCUUGCUACUCCAGAUCUUAUUCUGAGACAUACCUGUCACCCGGCGAGGACGACGACACCCCCUGCAAGGACUACGAGAGCACUGUGUGCCAGGCAGACGGCAGCGGUGUGGAGUACCCACCUGACUACGACCCACACAGGAGGGUCUCUGAUGUGGCCUCCUCUGGGGUUGUGUCUCUCGAUGAGGAGGAUGAAGAGGAGGAGGAGAGGGCAGGAGAGCCAAACAACCAAUGACUUCUCUCAUCUCACCUCAGCGUUUAAUCCCUCCAAUCUCUUUGGAGGGUUUUCUUUUUUGCAACAACUUCCCCUCUCCUCCAUGGCGUCUAAAAAGUUUGAACCUCUGUGCAUGCUGUUUUUUUCCCUCGCUGACUGAAGCAUAAUUCAUCCGUCUUUGCCUUACUUGCAGCAUUUCAAAUCCUCCUUACC